GUUCAGUUUCUGCCGAGAUCGCCGCGCGUACCGAUCGUUCGCGUUAGAACGUAAAUAAGGAGAGGCGGAGUCGGAGAGCGAGUGUGUCGAGUCGCAUUUGCCGAGAUCGAGCGAGCGAGGCAUCAGCAGGCGGCGAGAAAAGCGGUGACGCGAAAUGUCGCGUUUAGCCGACACCGACGACGACGACGUGACGUGACCAAAAGACUCUAUACAACAUGCCACCAGAUAGGCCAGAUGCAUCAGGUAUUGAAACUGAUAUAGAACUGAACUCUACUCAGGAUUAUAAUUUUGGAAAAACAGCUUAUACAAUGAAUGACAAGGAGAAGGAAAACGCCAGCGUGCUGGCUGACACAAAUUCCACAAACAAAUGUCAGAGCGAAAUUUCUAGAUGUGAAAAAACUGAAAAAAACAUCGAAAAAAAUAGUCAGUCGGAUGAUGAAUUGACAUCUCUCAGUUGGCUGCAUCAACAGAAUUUACUUAAGGGUUUAGACAUUUCAAACCCAUCCAAAGAUAUGAAGCACGAAAAUAUGCUAAAUAAUAAUAUCUGCGACGAUAUGGCAGAUUUUUCCGAAAACACAAAUUCUAUAUCAAGCUUAGAUGAUAGUUUCUGUCCAGAGACUAAUGGAAAAGCCAAUACCGUAACGUUGAACGGAAGUGGACAAAACUAUCAGCAUUCUACGAAGAAUUGUCAAAAAUCGAUGCAAGUAUUUCAGGAAUCAGCGAAAAGUCACUGCAAUACUUCGCCAAGUAAUCAAACGAAGAUUUCUUUGAGCAACAAUAAUUUGCCAAUGUCCAAUCGCAACAAGCAUCCUACCCAUAUACCGUAUGAUCCUCAUUUACACAGAAAUAGUAAACCGCCGUAUUCAUUUUCCUGCCUUAUAUUUAUGGCCAUCGAGGAUAGUCCUGUAAAGGCGCUACCCGUCAAGGAAGUUUACGCGUGGAUUCUGGAUCACUUUCCAUAUUUUAGGAACGCUCCCACCGGAUGGAAGAAUUCCGUCAGACAUAAUCUCAGCCUUAACAAGUGCUUUCGGAAAGUGGAAAAGGCGCCGUCUUUUAUUCAGAAUUUAGGCAAAGGAUCGUUAUGGAUGGUGGAUGCACAAUAUCGCCCGAAUCUGAUACAAGCGUUAUCUCGCGCUCCUCUCCCAUCACCUACGACUCAAAAUCUGUCCUCGUCGGAAAAACCACCUAGAAAGUGCGCAAAUACACGUCUCCCGGAUCCGGUUCUCUUUCCAUAUUUAUCCAAAAGACUGGCGUCCAGCAAUAUCAGCGAUAGCGCGGAAACAGAGAUAGAUAGCGAUGUUGAUGCAGCGGCAGCUGCUAUGCUUUCCUUCAAACACGGACCCAUCAUUUUAAAUCACAAUAAAGAUCGUAAACGAAAAUUACCGGAAUCCGAAAAAUUGGUGCCUGUGAUCACCAGGAGUUCCAGCGAGGACCAUACUUAUAGUUGUAUUACCUCGAUAAAAUUGGGAAGCAAACAUUCGAGCGAAGAAGAACUGAAUGUAGAUUUUGACGAACAGAGAAAAAUUGCGGAGGGUGCGGACGCUCUUUUGAAUUUGGCCGGUGUUAGUACAGCGCUAAAUCACAGUAGAGCACAUCACCCGGUAACGCAAGAUAUUAAUCCGCCGCCAAAAGCAGAAGGUAAUUCAAAACCAAAAAGACGCUCCGCCACGAGCCACGAUUACUCAAACACUUCUGAGAAGAGGCGCAAAAGAUGGCGAGAAUGGGGAGAGGGCAAUCGAUAUCUAAAGCAGAUUAGGGGUUAACGUCAACAAAUUUUGUUACAUUUCGUAAAAUGUAUGUAUGUAGCAUCGUCGAGAGAGCUUUCCAUUUCCAUUUGUGCGCGCGACAAGUGGAAAACAUUUGAAAAUCAAUUCUAUCUUCGUCUUAGUAGACAAAGGGAACGCUUUUUCGUUUUAUAGUAUUGUCUGUAAAUUCUUCAUUUACACGCCACAUUUCUAAAAAAAAAAAAAAACGUGGCAAUAAUUUUGAUGAAAAAUCUCUUUUUGUG